UUCAAUUGGACACCUCCUAGCUGACGCAUGUCGUUAUGCUCUAGCUACCAACGCCAGAAGGCCCUUUCGCUAUCAAGAGGCUUUUGGGGGCGGCAAAAUCGCGUGUGGAGGUAGAAUUUAAAAGAGAAUUAGCUAUGCUGAAGAGAUUUGGUAACGGUGCACAUUCACACAUUGUUACACUCCUGAUGACUUUCAAACACGGCGAUAAUUACCAUUUCAUUUUCCCACGAGCAGAGUACGAUCUCCUUUAUUACUUUGAAGCGAUACCUCAUCCAGAAAGAAGCCUUAAAAGAGUCCGAUGGCUAGCCGAACAAUGCCUUAGAAUCACAGAGGCCGUCCACUUGAUCCACUUUCCCCCCAGAGCAGAUAAUACAACGUCAGAAGGGGCAUUAUUCGGUAGACAUGGCGAUAUAAAAUCCGAGAAUAUACUUGUAUUCAACGACGGGAAUGGAACGGACGUCCUCGUCCUUUCAGACUUCGGACUUGGAUCCAUGCAUCACGAUCGGAGCAGGUCGAAUGUUCCAAACAAAGGCAUCCCGGCGACGCCAGGCUUUAGGCCCCCCGAAUGUGAUAUGGAAGGCGGCACAAUAAGCAGAGCUUUUGAUAUCUGGAGUCUUGGCUGUCUUUUUCUUGACAUUCUAGUAUGGUUCCUUGGCGGCGAAGAUCUCAGGAGGCAGUUCGAAGACGCACGGAUGACGCCCCACAUUACGGGGGUUAACACGCCUAUCUACUUCGAAAUACUAUCGACUGAAAGUGGGAAUAAUAGAUAUCGCGUGAAGGAAGAAGUAAUAGAUUGGUUUGCUAAGAUGCACUCUCAUCCCAAUUGCACCCACUUUGUGCACGAGUUUUUGGACCUAAUUGAGCGGAGGAUGUUGCUCGUGGAAUCGCGAAACCAACUGAGGGCGAGAACUCCUGAAUUACUAGACCAGUUGAAAAUAUUCCAUGAGAAGUGUGAGGGCCAGAAUUACCAAGCUUACUGUCUUGAUCAGGCCCCAUUGAAACGUCUGUCGAGCAGAGUGCCUCAGGAUUGCUGAGUGACACUGCUAGGGGGGUGGUUGAUGUAUCCCGUGUUACCACCAGGUUAUUCGAGGGUAAUAUGGUUAAUCCUACAGAGGAUUAGCAAGAAUUAACUUAAAAUUGAUGGAAAAUCCUCCAAAAUUAAACGACUUAUAAUGCCAAAAGAUCUAACCUGACAACUAGAGAAUUACGCCCCUUUACAAUGCG